AUGCGUUUCUCUGCUGGACUCAUCCCUGCCUUGGGAGCUCUUGCUUCGCUGGGCGAAGCAACUCCUACUUUCCUCGGUGGCGGAGCAUCAGGCUCUGCUGGCGGCGAGAUCUCAGGUGGUGCUGAUGCCCAUCUCGGAGUCGGAGCCGGUGGAAGUGCAGGUGCAGGUGCAGGUGCAGGAGCCGGUGCUGGUGGUCACCUCGGCGGUAGCCUUAGCGGUGGAGCUUCCGGUCACAUUGGAGGUGAAGCUGGAGGCGAGGCCGGAGCUGGAGCUGGAGCUGGUGCCGGUGGCAAGGUCGGUGGUGAAAUCGGCGGCAAGAUUGGUGGAGGUGCUGGCGCUGGUGCCGGUGCAGGAGCUGGUGCUGGUGCUGGCGGAAGUGCUGGCGGCAAGAUCGGUGGCAGCAUUGGCGGCGGCGUUGAAGGUCACCUAGGAGGUGGUGCUGAAGGCGGUGCUGGUGCUGGAGCCGGUGGAAAGAUUGGCGCUGGUGCUGACGGCAAGGUUGGCGGUGAAAUCGGUGGUGAGGUUGGCGGUAAGAUCGGAGGAGGUGCUGGUGCUGGAGCUGGUGCCGGUGGUCACCUUGAGGGCGAUAUCAAGGGUGGCGCUGGCGGUAAGAUUGGAGGCGGUGUUGGAGGUAAGAUCGGAGCUGGCGCUGGCAUUGGUGCUGGCAUCGGUCUCGGCGGUCUUCUCGGUGGUGGCAUCGAGUGGAACGCCGGCGGUGGUACUGACUGGCACACUGGUACCUCCUGCAGCAUCGGCAACGCCUGGAAGGAUCACAUCCUCUUCCAGGGCAUCUGUGCUCCCGAGACUUCGACUACCCCCGCUGUCAACCUGGGCCUGAACCUCCCCAGCUGCCAGAUCACUGGCGACAUUGGCUUCGCUUGUGGUGCUGACUUCCUCACUACUCCUAACGUUCGUGUUGGUCUCGGUGGCAUCUCUGCCUACAUCGAGAUCGAUCUCUCUGCUUCCGCUGCCGUCCACCAGUCUGUCGAACUCUUCACUGCCCCCAAGCUUGGUAUUGCUAUCCCCGGUCUUGACGCUGAGCUGAAGGCUGCCAUUGAGGCUGCCAUCGCUAUCGAUCUUGUUGUCGGCUGUGGAAAGGCUAUCGAUCUUUCUGCUGGUGUCUACGUCAAGUUCCCCGAGUCUGCCUACGUCGAUAUCUCCCUGCUCACCAAGGAGGUUAUCCACGCUUCUCUUGAGGGUCUCGUUACCAAGGCUCUUCCCGUUGGCGUUGGUGCCGAUGUCGAGCUUGGUGCUGGUAUCGAUCUUCAGCUUGGUCUCCGUCUUCGUUCUGAGCUCAGCAUUGGCGGCGGUCUCGAGAUCCCCGUUCUCGGUCUCGGCGGCAAGGCUGGUGCUGAUGUCGGCUUCGGUGCUGGUGUCUGGUUCUCUCUCUUCGACUACACUGCCACCAUUGGAGGCGGUGCCGGUGCCAGCGCUGGUAUUGAUGUCACUGGUGAGUUUGGCUGCAACCUUGGUCUCGCUAUCGACAAGAAGUUCGACUUCAGCGGCGGUCUCUUCGGUCUCAUCCCCAACCUUUCCGUCGGCCUCGCCAAGGGUAUCAAGUCCACCUUCUCCCAGGAGACCCGCGGUACUUGCGGCAGCUUCAUCGGCCACUUCAAGAAGGGUGGCUUCAUUGGCGGUCCUACCAUCUCUGCUUCCGGCGCUAUCACUGCUACUGGUGGCGCUUCUGCCGACAUCACCAUUCCCGCUGGCGUUACCCACUCUGUUGAGUUCUCUGGCUCUAUCGGUGUCCCUGACGUUUCUGCCUCUGUCGAUAUCCCUGGUGCUUCCGGUGACCUCACUGGCUCUGACUCUCUCCCCGUCGCUACCACCGGUGCUGAGAUCCCCUCCGACUCUGCCUCAUAUGAGGCUCCCGCUGUUACUGCCUCUGGUGAUGUGACUGGUUCUGUCGAACUCCCUGUUGCUACUGAUUCCGUUGAGGUUCCUGCUGGCUCUGCUUCUGGCGAUCUCACUGUCUCUGGUGCCAUCCCCACUGGCCCUGAGGGUGUUCCCACUCACACCAUCCCUGCUGGCGGCGAUGUCACUGCCAUCUUCGGUACUCACACCGCUGGUGCCACUGUCACUGUCUCUGGUUCCGAGGGCUUCACUACUUACAUCUCUGGCUCUACUGGUUUCACUACCGUUGUGUCUGGCUCAGAGGGUUACACCACUGUUCUCUCCGGCUCUGAGGGCGACUUUACUACCGUUGUCUCCGGAUCUGCUGGCUUCACCACUGUCGUCUCUGGCUCUGAGGGUUUCACCACUGUCGUUUCCGGUUCCGAGGGCUACACUACCGUCGUUCUUGGCAACUCCCCUUCUGCUACUGGUGGUUCUGACUACAACCUUCCCUCUGCUCCCACUGGUGGCAACACUGAUGCUACUUCUGCUGGUAACGUUCCCGCUGAGUCUGGCAGCCUCCCUGCCAGCACUGGAUCUGCCGACUCCGACAAGCCUGCUGUCACCACUGGCUCUGGAUCUGAUGCUGAGGAGACCUCUGCCCCUGCUGUCACUGCCGCUCCCGAUGCUUCUGGCAUGAUCACUAGCACCAUCCGCGAGACUCACGUCUACACCAUCACAUCUUGUGCUGCCUCCGUCAUCAAUUGCCCUGCUUCUUACACUCAGAAGAUCGUCACCCAGACUGUCAUCGAGCGCACCACCGUCUGCCCCGCCACUGCAACUGCUGUCCCUGAGACUCCCGUCGAGGGCGGCAACGGUUCCAACCAAGGCGGAGACUCCAAGCCUGGUGAGGGUUCUGACAACGGUAACAACGGCUCUGCUCCCGCUCCUACCUCUCCUCCUGAUGCUGCCAAGACCACCAUCGACCUUGUCACCAUCACCCAGGACGUCACCACCAUCGUUCCUUGCACCAAGUUCGUCACCAGCACCUUCGUUGCUCCUACCACUGUCCACGUCCCUGCUGCCCCCACUGUCACCAUCAUCCAGGGACACACUGGCCAGGCUCCUCAGCAGACUGGUACCCAGCAACCCGGUGCGUUCACCACCCUCACCCGAGUCCCGGCCACUGCCACCGACUCUGGUGCCUCACCCACUGAGGGCUCUGAGCAGCCUGCCAACCCUCAAGCCCCUGGUAACACUGGCCCUGGUGCCCAGCCUACCUACAACGUUCCCUCAAACGGAACCAUCCCCGGAGGCAAGCCCUCCCCAACUGACCAAGUUCCCGUUGUUGCUGGAGCUUCUCUCGUCAGUGCUGGAUCUAUGCUCCUCGCACUCCCUAUGGCCCUUGCCUUUGUCAUGUAA